GAGAAACCAGUCCUAUGUGAUCAUUUAAAAUCACACCAUUCAAGUGUAUGAAGUUCUCUGAACUAGUAACAAGGUUCAUCAAAAGAGAUUUGUUCUUUCACUGCAGCUCUGAGACAGCAUGGCAUGCAUUUUUGGAGACAUCAUGAAAAUUGACACCACUGGGGCAUCGGAGAUGACAGCAAAUUGGGACAAAUUAACCAUCAAGGGUGUUGAAGGCUCCAAAAAACUGGCUGAGCACGAUCUGACCCGGAUGGAGAAAUACAAGGGUAUAAUCACCAAGGUUGCCACAGCAAAGAAGAUGGACCCAUCUGUAAUUGCUGCCAUCAUAUCCAAAGAGUCAAGAGCUGGAGCAGUACUGAAGGAUGGUUGGGGUGACCAUGGCACUGGAUUUGGCCUAAUGCAGGUUGACAAACGCUACCACACUCCAUUAGGUGCAUGGGACAGUGAGAAGCAUAUCACACAAGCAACAGAUAUACUCAUCGACUAUAUUCAAGCUGUUAAAGCAAAAUUUCCCCAGUGGUCCCUGGAACAGCAGCUUAAAGGGGGGAUAUCAGCCUACAAUGCAGGUGUGAAAAAUAUCCGUUCAUAUGAGCAUAUGGACUUUGGCACCACAGGAGAUGACUAUGGGAAUGAUGUUGUUGCCAGAGCCCAGUGGUUCAAAAGCAAGGGUUACUGAAUAACCUGUAAAAUUGAUAUGAAUCCUAUGUUUGGAGAAAUAUCAACAUGUGAUUACACUGCAAAAAAUUAUUUUCAAGACAAUUGAACGUGAUUUAUUUACUUGUCAAGCAAAAUGGGAUAAGAUAUUAAGUCUUGUUUUAAGAUAAAUCUGACAAAAUUUGUGAACUUUAGACUUAAAACAAGAAAAAAAAAUCUGCCAAAUGGGUAAGCAAAAUAAACUUAAUUCAAAGGGAAAACAAGUAUAUUUUGCUUACCCCAUUGGAAGAUUUGUUUGUUUGUUUGUUUGUUUUAAGUCUAAAGUUCACUAAAUUUGAUUAGAUUUCUCUCAAAACAAGAAUUAAAAUCUUAUGCCAGUAAAUAAAUCACAUUGUAAGAAUGUUUAGAUAUUUUUACUGGAAAACAAGACAAAAAUACUUGUCUUGAAAAUGAUUUUUUGCAGUGUGAUUAAAGUUACUGUAUUACUGAGAAUAUUACUUGUUGAGUAUUUCUAACCAUUGUUGAUACAAUAUUUCUAUUUUAACAAUUUUAGGAAUUGCUAUAUUUUGUUUACCAGUCUAACUAGAAUUAAAUUACACAGAGGACUGCCUUUUACGAUAUGGAAUAA